AUGCACCGGGGUGGCGUGCGCAUUGGUGGCGUGCUCACCAGGACGGGGACGGGACGGGGCUACUUCCCUUCACCUGGGCUACUUCCCUUCACCUGGGCUACUUCCCUUCACCUGGGCUACUUCCCUUCACCUGGGCUACUUCCCUUCACCUGGGCUACUUCCCUUCACCUGGGCUACUUUUCCCGUCACCUGGGCUACUUCCCUUCACGUGGGCUACUUCCCUUCACGUGGGCUACUUCCCUUCACGCGUUUCUGGCUCGCCAUGCCUGCGCACCGUCACGGAAUCUCCGCAUUCCCUCAUUCAUAAAGCAUCACGCAACCCUUCUUCGGGCAUAUACCAAUAACCCAAUUAAGCUCUUCAGUAAUAACCAGGCUGAGCGAGGAGGCAGAGGAGGAAACUUCCGGCAUGGAGCAACGGGGGAAGACAGGCGUGAACAAGGCUGCAAAAGUACAAGUGCAUCUAUGCUGUAG